CAGUAAAUUUGGUCUGGUAGUUAAAUUGGUCUGCCAGACUUUAUUUCCUAGUUAAUCAAGUCCAUGACCAUUAUUUUACUAGGAAUGUAAGUCCCAGGACAAAUUUUCGAAGGAAAAUAAGUCCUUUGCUAGUAAAAUAUGUCUGGCAUUUAUUUUCCUAGGGAAAAUUGUCCUUAGACUUGUUUUUCUAGUAAUUAUACGACCGCAAAAUCGUAUAUUGGUAUGAUGUCGGCGCCGUCGUCGUCCAGCGUCGUCGUCGUCUGUAGACACAUUGGUUUUCGCACUCUAACUUUAGUUUAAGUGAAUGGAUCUCUAUGAAAUUUUACCAUAAGGUUCAAUACCACGAAAGGAAGGUUGGGAUUGAUUUUGGGGGUUAUGGUACCAACAGUUAAGGAAUUAGGGGCCAAAAAUAAGCAUUUUUGUAAUUUCCAGACGUAACUUGUGUGUUAGUGUACGGAUCUCUCUGACAUUGUAGCACAAGGUUCCAUAUCACAAAGGGAAUGCUGGGAUUGAUUUUGGGGGUAAUUGCCUCAAAAUUUUAGGAAUUAGGGGCAAAAAAAAGCAAAAAACAAGCAUUUUUCUAGUUCGUGAUAAUAACUUGUGUGUUAGUGUAUGGAUCUUUCUGAAAUUGUACUACAAGGUUCCAUAUCACAAAGGGAAAGCUGGAAUUGAGUUUGGGGGUAAUUGCCUAAAACGUUUAGGAAUAAUAAUAAGGGACCAAAAAGGGGCCAACAAUAAGCAUUUUUCUAGUUUCCAGACAAUAACUUGUGUUCAAGUGUAUGGAUCUCUCUGAAAUUGUAUUGCGAGGUACCAUACCACAAAGGGAAGGCUGGGAUUGAUUUAGGGGGUAAUUGCCUCAAAAUUUUAGGAAUUUGGGGCCAAAAAGGGGCCUAAAAACAAGCAUUUUUCUAGUUUCCAGACAAUAACUUGUGUUCAAGUGUAUGGAUCUCUCUGAAAUUGUACUGCAAGGUACAAAUGUACCAUACCACAAAGGGAAGGCUGGGAUUGAGUUUGGGGGUGAUGAAUCAUAAGAGGGUUCAAAAAAUUUGGGGGAGGGUUUUUUUUUUUCUUUAAAAUUUUCCAUUUUAAAUUGGUUAUUUCUGAUUUAUAUAUAAAAGUAAAUAAUAAUGAUAUGGUUUGAAUAGGUAAUUAAAAAAUUUUAAGUUCUUAGACCACAUACAUUCUGUGUCAGAAACCUAUGCUGUGUCAAAUAUUUAAUCACAAUCCAAAUUCAGUGCUGUAUCAAGCUUGGAUGUUGUGUCCAUUCUUGCCCCAACUGUUCAGGGUUCGACCUCUGCGGUCGUAUCAAGCUACUCAGCGGAGCAUUUUAUUUUUAUUAUAUUAUAAAAAUUAUUGAAAAUAAAAAAAACAACAUAUUUUCUUAGUUAAGAUUUGAAAAUUUCAUUAUUUUUUUCCUAUUAAAAUAAAGGACAUGGCCAGACGUUAUAACCUAGGCAUGUUAAUGACAUGGACAUGAUGUCCUAGGAAAAUUAGUCUGGGGACAUAAAUUUUAUUAAAAUAUUAAUACACAACUCUAAAACAAUAUUAAAACAUAACAUUUAAAUUUACCUUUCAACAUGAAGGGAAUGGAUUUUUUUUACCUAGGAAUAUUAAUGACAUGGACAUGAUUUCCUAGGAAAAUUAGUCUGGGGACAAACACUUUAUUAAAAAAAUUGAUACACAACUCUUACAUGUCUUAAACAAUAUUAAAACAUAACAUUUAUAUUUACCUUUUAAAAUAAAGGGCAUGGAGGUUUUUACCUAGGAAUAAUAAUGACAUGGACAUGAUUUCCUAGGAAAAUUAGUCUGGGGACCUGAAUUUUAUUAAAAUAUAAAUGCACAACUCUUUAACAUGUUUAACAAUACUAAAACAUAAAAAUUGAAUUUCCAUUGUUUACAUGUAAAUAAUUUGUUUCAUUAAAAUUUCCUUUUUAAAUAAAGGGUAUUGACGUUUUUACCUAGGAAUAUUAAUGACAUGGACAUGAUUUCCUAGGAAAAUUAGUCUGGGGACAUAAAUUUUAUUAAAAAUAUAAAUACACAACUCUUAAACAAUAUUAAAACUUAACAUUUAAAUUUCCAAUAUUGUUUAAAUGUAAAUAAUUUGACUCAUUAAUAUUUUUCCUAUAGAAAAAAGGACAUGGACAUUUUUCCUAGGAAUAUUAAUGACAUGGACUUGAAUUUUCUAGGAAAAUUAGUCUGGAGACAUAAAUUACUAACAUCGGACUAAAAAUACUAGUAAAUUCUGUAACCAUGGACUUUUUAUACUAGUAAUAUGUGUCCACCCGGACAUAUUUUACCAGGACAAAUUUAUCUCUUACAUAUCUAUAGACUAAAAAAAUUUAGCACACAUCCAUGAUAAACAGUCGGAGAAAACAUGACCUUGUGCAAAGCCAAAAUAAACAUACUGAUAGAUUAGAGAACCACUGAAUGGAAUGAAGCAAAACAAAGCAUGAAUGGCUGACCAAGUGUUGUUACUUUGUAGCUGCUCCAUCAUCCAAGAUGGCCGCCAGCCGGGGACUUAGCUUAACAUAGCACCCUAUGGGAAAUACAUACAAAUGUUUUCUUUUAGAGAACCACAGAAUGGAAUGAAACCAAACAUUUGAAUGGUUUUACACUAGUAAUUUUUUGGGGCCCUUUAUAGCUUACUGUUCGGUGUGAGCCAAGGCUCCGUGUUGAAGACCGUACUGUGACCUAUAAUGGUUUACUUUUAUAAAUUUUGACUUGGAUGGAGAGUUGUCUCAUUGGCACUCAUACCACAUCUUCUUAUAUCUAUAGCAUGAAUGUUCCUUAUGAGGUGCUGACCAAGUGUUGUUAAUUUGUAGCCGAUCCAUCAUCCAAGAUGGCCGCCAGCGGGGGACUUAGUUUAACAUAGGACCCCACGGGAAAUGCAUACAAAUCAUGCAAAUGUCAUCUUAUAGAGAACCACAGAAUGGAAUGACACCAAACAUAGCAUGAAUGUUCCUUAUGAGGUGCUGACCAAGUGUUGUUACUUUGUAGCGGAUCCAUCUUCCAAGAUGGCCGCCAGGGGGUGACUUAGUUUAACACAGGACGCUAUGGGAAAUACAUACAAAUGUCUUUUUUACAGAAACACAGAAUGGAAUGAAACCAAACAUAGCAUGAAUGUUCCUUAUGAGGUGCUGACCAAGUGUUGUUACUUUGUAGCUGAUCCAUCAUCCAAGAUGGCCGCUAGCACUAGCAGGGGACUUAGUUUAACAUAGGACCCCAUGGGAAAUACAUAAAAAUGUCUUCUUUUAGAGAACCACUGAAUGGAAUGAAACCAAACAUAGCAUGAAUGUUCCUAAUGAGGUGCUGACCAAGUGUUGUCACUUUGUAGCCAAUCCAUCGUCCAAAAUGGCCGCCAACAGGGUUCUUAGUUUAACAUAGGACCCUAUGGGAAAUGCAUACAAAUGUCUUCUCAUAGAGAACCACAGAAUGGAAUGACACCAAACAUAGCAUGAAUGUUCCUUAUGAGGUGCUGACCAAGUGAACAUUGUUACUUUGUAGCGGAUCCAUUACAUUACAUUUACAAAUGUAGCCUAUCCAUCAUCCAAGAUAGCGACCAGGAGGGACUUAGUUUAACUUAGGACCCUAUGAGAAAUACAUACAAAUGUCUUCUUUUAAAGAAAUUAUUAUGCAAUAUUAAACCAAAUUUGGCCUCAAUCAUUAUUUAAGUAUCUGUUAUGAUUUUUAUAUGACCACAAAAAAAAUUUGCGUCGUAUAAUGCUAUCAUGUCGUUGUUGUUGUCUGUGACGUCGUCCGAAGACGCAUUUAGUUUCCAGAAAAAAACUUAAGUUUAAGUGAAUGGAUCUCUAUAAAUUUUUACUAGAAGGUUCCAAUACCACUAAAGGAAGGUUGGGAUUGAUUUUGGGGGUUAUGGUCCCAACAGUUUAGGAAUUAGGGGCCAAAAAAAGGGCCCAAAUAUGCAUUUUUGUAGUUUCCAGACAAUAACUUGUGUUUAAGUGUAUGAAUCUCUCUGAAAUUAUACCACAAGUUUCCAUACCACAAAGGGAUGGUUAGGAUUGACUUUGGGGGGUUAUGGCUCAAACCAUUUAGGAAUUAGGGGCAAAAAAGGGGGAAAAACUAGGUUUUUCUGGUAAAUGGACAAUUAAGACAAUUUAAAAGCAGUGUAAGGGAGGUAAUCCAAAUCAAUUUAAAGAACACUGUUUGAUUACCUCCCUUACACUGCUUGUAAAUUAUGUAUUAAGAAAUUAUGAUUGUCUUGAGGUAUUAGCUGUCAAUUUAUUUUUAGCAGUCACUAUUAAUUAAUAUUAAUUUUAGCCAUGACUAUGUAUGUCAUUUUAUAUUUUAAAACUUUUAUGAAGUAUUUAAAUGGGUAAUUGUGGUUGCAAACUCCAUUAGAAAUUUGAAUUAAGAUACUGACCAUAUCUUGAGGGAAAGAAUUUUUUUUGGGUAUAAGAGAAAGGGGGAGGUGAAAAAAAUUGGAGGGGGGACAAUUUUUCUCAUUUCAAAUUUCAGAAAUUAAAAGAAAAUUUCUUCAAAUAUUUUUUUUUGGGGUUAAUAUUCAACAGCAUAGUGUAUUGCACAAAAGCAAAAAACCAGGGUAAAAUUAUUUUUUUUUGGGGGGGGAGGGGUCAAUUCGCAACAGCAUAGUGUAUUGCACAUAAGCAAAAAAUUGAAAAUAAAUUCAAAUCAUAUAACCAAUUUGAAGUUCAUUGACUACAGUUAUUCUGUGUCAGAAACCUAUUAUGUGUCAAAAAUUUAGUUACAAUUCAAAUUCAGACCUCUAUCAAGCGUGAAUAUUGUGUCCAUAUCAAAUUUGAUUUCUUUAUCAAUCCUUUUCAUCAUGUUCAUCAGUAAUGCAAUCAAGACGUCGAAAAACUACUAGUUAUGCAAUACCACACGUCUACAGGACACAAAAAAGAAAAAAAGAAAAAAAAACACACACAAAAAAAAUAAUAUUUUCCUUACACUGCAUUUUCACCUUCAAUUACCUUUAUUAUGAAAGUCUUAUCAACUAGGAUAAAGAAAUGGCUACUUCCCAAUUAAUUCUUUCUUUCUAUAAUGGUAUAAUGGUGCGAAAGGACCAAGGCCGAACAGGUGUAUGGCCGAAACGACAUACAGCCGAACGGGUUCAUGGCCGAAACGUCUCGAAAGCAUAUAAAGAGUUGUACAAGAACUCACAUACUGGAGAUUAACAUCAUCAAUAAGAUGUUAGAGGGAGGAGUGGAUUUAGUCACACUCACUGGUACUCUACAGAGACACAUCAACACACAGACUGGUAAAACACUUCAUAAAUGUGAUGUUGGUGGUAAAGAUUUUAGUAAAAGAAGUGACCUAAUAAGACAUGAGAGAACACAUACAAGUGAAACACGUCAUAAAUGUGAUGUUUGUGCUAGAGAAUUUACUCAAGGUAGUCACCUUAAGAGACAUGUAAGAACACAUACGGGUGAAAAACCUCAUAAAUGUGAUGUUUGUUUUAGAAAAUUUAGUCAAAGUAGUGACUUAAAGAGACAUAUGAGAACACAUGCUGGUGAAAAACCUCAUAAAUGUGAUGUUUGUGCUAGUGAAUUUUCUCAAAGUAGUCAACUAAAGGCACACAUGAGUACACAUACUGGAGAUAACUCUCAUGGCUGUGAUUUAUGUGGUAAACGGUUUAGUUAUCUUAGUAGUUUACAGCGUCACAUGAGAACACAUACAGGCGUUACACCCCAUGACUGUGAUGUAUGUGGUAAACGGUUUAGUCAGCUUGGUAAUUUAAAGAUUCACAUGAGAAUACAUACCGGUUAUAAACCUCAUGAGUGUGAUUUAUGUGGUAAAAGGUUUAUUCAGCUUUGUGGUUUACAGAUUCACAUGAGAAUACAUACAGGUGAUAAACCUUAUGACUGUGAUGUAUGUGGUAAACAGUUUAGUCAGCAUAGUAUUUUACGAAACCACAUGAGAACACAUACAGGUGAUAAACCUUAUAAUUGUGGUGUAUGUGAUCAACAGUUUAGUCAACGUAGUAGUUUAAAUAUUCACAUGAGAAUACAUACAGGUUAUGAACCUCAUGAAUGUGAUGUUUGUGGGAAAGGGUUUAGUGAUCUUAGUAAUUUAAAGAAACAUAUGAAAAUGCAUACAGAUAAAGCAUGUAAACCUCACAUUUGAGAUUGCAAAGGGUUUAGUCAACAAUGGUCAAUUUAAUAGUUUAAAAUGAAGUAUGAGCACACAUGCCAUUUAAUUUACUUUAUGACUGUGAUGUAUAUGGUACAGAGUUUGGUCAUCAUUGUAAUUUACAUAUUGACAUGAGAACAUAUACAUGUUAUUAACUUCAUGACUGUGGUGUAUGUGGUAAAGGGUUUAGCUAGCUUAGUAAUCAUGCUAACACAUGAGAACACAUGAUUGUGAUGUAUGUUGCAUAUGGUUUAGUCAUAUAUUCAUGAUCUUAGUAAUUUAAGGAGACAUAUGAACAUGAUAAAAAUACAUACAAGCAAAACAUAUAAAUCUCACAUUUGUAAUGUAUGUGGUUAAGGAUUUAACUAGCUUAGUAUUUCAAAGAAACAGAUGAGAACACAUACAGGCGAUAAAAAUCAUCACUGGUGAUGUAUAUGUGGUAAACAGUGAUAAAGGAUUCAUUUUACUCAAUGUGAUUUGAGACACACUAGAACACAUACAGGUUAUAGACCUAAGGGAGCUACCAUUUGAUUUUUAUAGGGGGGUGGCUUGGAUGAAAUUUGAAAAAAAAUAGGCAGGACAGGAGUUUUGAGUAAAAAAAAAGGCAGGACGAGAUUAUUUGCAAAAAAAAAGGCAGGAUGACAAUUUAUGUAAAAAAAAAGUCAGGAUAAACUAAAAAAAAAAGGCAGGACCGAAAAGAGUGAAAAAAAAGGCAGGACCGAAUAGAGGGAAAAAUAAAAAGGCAGGACAAAAUUUUUCAUCCUAGCCCCCAUAAAAAUCAAAUGGUAGCUCCCUAAUGACUGAUGUAUGUGGGAAAGAGUUCAGUCUACUUUGUGAUUUAUAGAGACACACGAGAACACAUACAGGUUAUAGACCUCAUUACUGGGAUGUAUGUGGGAAUGGGUUUAGUCACCUUAUUUAUUUAAAGAGGCAUAUGAAAUUUCAUGACAUUUGUCAGUUUGCGAUGUACCAAACAAAUGUAUGCAAAUACAUACAGGCAAAUUACCUUAUGACUGUAAUGUAUGUGGUACAGGGUUUUGUUAGCAAUGUUAUUUACAUAUUGACAUGAAAACAUAUUAAUCUCAAGACUGUGGUGUAUGUGUUAAAGGGUUUAGCUAGCUUAGAAAUGUCAAGAGACACAUGAGAACGCAUACAGGUGAUUAAUCUCUUGACUGUGUGUGGUCAAGAGACACAUGAGAACGCAUACAGGUGAUUAAUCUCUCGACUGUGUGUGGUAAAGGUUUUAAUCAGCAUGUUUAUUCAAAGAGACACAUUGGAAUACAUAUAAUUAGGGAUAAAACUCUGAAAUGAGAUUGAGCAUGUUGAGGUUGGGGGUUCAAUAUAAGUGAUAAUCUCGUACUUAAAACAUGAGAACACGUACUAGUAAAUAAGUGAUAACAUGGAUAAUUUAUAAAGACAAAUGAGAACACAUACUCAUGAUAAUUUACAAUGACACAGGAGAACACAUACUCAUGAUAAUUUACAGACACAUGAGAAUUCAUACUAGUAAAUAAGUGAUAAUUUACUUAAACACACACAUGAGAACCCUUACUAGUGAUAAGUGAUAAUGAUUAUUUACAUAGACACAUGAGAACAUGAGAACACAUACUAGAAAAUAAGUGAUAAUUUACGUAGACACAUGAGAAAUCAUAUAAUUUAGUGAUAACUUACAUAUACAUAUAAUAGUUUGAACUGGACUGGCUUGAUAUCAUUAAAAUCUUUAAAACACGGAUAUUAUAAGUUGCCCGUCACAGAGUCCUUGCUUAUAAUCACUCUGAGGGUUACACUAAAGACCUGAAGGUGGACCUGAAAAGACAUGAAGAUAUACUACUCGAUUUAUUCAAAUUGCAAUUACGUUUUUAUUAUACGAUGGAUUUCCUUCAAAUUAGAAUUUUAUUAAAGGUAAAGAAUCACGUGGUAUUAGAAAUAAAAUGUUUUAAAUAAAAAUCAAAUUUUUGAUGCCAAAAAUCGGACCUGAACGAAGAAAUGAAAAGACCUGAACGGACCUGAAAUUUUACGAUCAGACUUAUUCAAACGUCAAUAACUGUUUUAUUUUUCAAUGGAUUUCCUUCACGUUUAGAUUUUGUGAAACGUAAAAUUCAAUAUCUUAAUAAUAUUACAAAAGAAAUUAUGAAAAAUAUUUUUGGGGCGCCAAAACUCGGACCUGAACGGCAAUUUCAAUUACCCGAAUUGACCUGAAAAUCUCCGGUCAGAUUUAUACAAGUUCUAUAACUGUUUUAGAUUUCAAUCAAUCUCCUUGUUAUUUAAAUUUUGUUAUAGAAAGAAAAUAUGUAGUAUUUUAUUGAAAUGAUAAAGAAUUUUAUGAAAACUAUUUUUUUGUUCCAAAAAUCGGACCUUAACAGGGAAAUAAAAAGACCUGAAUGGACCUGAAAUAUACGCGUAGACGUAUUUAAACUGAAUGAACUUUUUUAUUUUUUAAUUGAUUUUAUUCUAAAUGAAAUUAUAUUAAAGAGGAAUGAUUUUAUGUAUACAUGAAUUUUUUUAAAUAACAAAUACCUUGUUGAUGUUGAAACCUUAACCUGAAGGGAACACAGGUUUGUCCGUGGAAAAUUAUUCAAACUAAUUAAUUUGUUUAAUUCGUAUCUGUUUUAACUUCUAUAAAAACAGGAUUUGAUUCAAAUUGUUAUAUCUAUAUAUUGAAUAUAAAAGUAUCAUUUGCACAUGCAUAAACCAUGUAAUCUAAAGAAUGUUUUAUAGAUUUGAUAAAUAUUUAGUAGUCUCUCAUAAUUCUUUAUAGAAUGGCACUUGUAUUCUAACUUAUAAAAUUGCUGUUUUAUAAAAUGUAUAUUUAUGAUGAUAUGUAUUACAAGUGAUGAGACUUUAAUAAAAUAUUGAAUCUGAA